AUGGCCACAAAGCCAUCUACAGCUGCCACAAGCAGCACCGUCACUGCACCUAGUACAUCGACAUCGACAUCGACAUCUACCACCAAACGCAAACACACCUCCUCAACAUCAGCACUAACCUUCGAACGAAAAAACACACACCUCCUACACAUCCCCUCUAAACCCUGCGAGGGCAGCAAUAACAAAAAAUACCGCAUCGCCAAACGACCCAUUCCCCGCGCCCCUGUCGCAUCACCCUACGUCGGCAGCACCGUGCCCAAAAUUGUGUAUGUAAGCAGCAAAACACCGUUCAUGAGCGCCGUGAAACGCGUUCAGAAACUUUUGAGGUUAGCGGAACGGAGGGCCAUGAUGCCCCUGAUUGGGAAACGGCGACACUCCCAUCACCACCAGCAAUAUGGUGCGAAAGGGGGAGGGGGGGAUGUGUUGGAAAAGUGUCAGAAGAAGCUGAGAGAGGAUAAGGUUUUGGUGAAAGCCACGGGGAGGGCGAUUGAGAAGGCGUUGAGUGUGGGGAGGUGGUUUGAGGAGGGGAAGGGAGGGAGUGGGGAGGAGUUUGAGGUUGUGAUCAGGACGGGGAGCGUUUGUGUUGUUGAUGAUAUUGUUGAGGAGGAUGUCGAGGAUCAUGAGGAAGAUGAGGAAGAUGAGGAAGAUGGCGAAGAAAAGGAGGGGAGUAUUGAUCCUGAUAUAAACAUGGCCAAGAUCAAUACCACGGAUAACACCAACGAAGACUCAACUACAACCACACAAGACCACAAAGAUGGGGACAGGGGAGAAGAAUCCAAAAACCAACGCCGACGACGCCGAAAACGAGAACGCAUACGCGAACAACGCCUCAAAGCCUUCGUGGACGAAGACGGGGAGACGCCGGAGUCAAGGACGAGGUGGGUUAAUAUGGUUGAGGUUGCUAUCAAUAUGAAAUAA